UAUAUAGUGUCCUUUAUCGGUAGUAAAGUAAUAGAGGCUUUUAUACUUUACUUUAAAGAAGAUAUAGCUAAGCUAAUUACUAAUUUCAAUAAAUUAUUCGACUUCUUAGAUAGAUUUUAUACCAACUCUACUAAGCUCUACUAUAUAAAAAACAAUUUUAUAUACCCUAUUACGUUUUCCUUAAAAAUAAUAUCUAGACUAGAAAGCAAUUACCUUAUCUAUAAUAAAGAACUCUUUACUAUUGUAUAUACUAUUAAGGAAUAG